GAUAAAAAUAAUUAGUAUCGUUGUUACAUCUGUGAUUUAUGCCGAGAGUUAUAAAACGCUAACGAACAUUGAUACUUCCUUGCAAGUGUGAUUCAAAUCCCAAAAUACGUGAAAGCACGUAAAGUGUUGAAAUUACGUUAAUUAGUGGUAUCAUGGUGCGUAAACUGUGUUUACUCGCAUUCCUCUCGGUAAUUCUCAGUAUUGAACAGCUUGAAGGCUCGACGAUUCUCAGGGAACCCCAAAAUGACGUCGAUCAUGAUUCAUACAGACUGCUCGAAGGAAUCGUGCCAAUUUCUUACGACCUCUGGCUGUACACGCGACUGGGUUUAAAUGACUUCGACUACCAAGGGCGGGUGAAUAUAACGUUAAGAGUAAAUUGUUCGACUGACGCCAUUGUGGUUCAUAACGACGGUUUAAUUAUAUGGGAAGAAAAAUCGAAACUUUAUUUACAAACUGAUGGAGGGACAAAUUUAACUGCUGUUUCUAUCGAUAAUCAGCUUUACGACAACAGGAGGCAAUUUUUCAUCCUGAAGUUACCGACGAAAUUGUCACCCGGUAUAUACGUGUUAGAACUUCAGUUCGCCGGUGAAGUACGCGAUGACGUGUUUGGGUUUUAUAGAAGUUCUUAUGUUAAGGAUGGGGAAAUAAGAUGGAUGGGAAUUACACAAUUUUCGCCUGUGUACGCGCGUCGAGCGUUUCCAUGCUUGGACGAGCCGAAGAUGAAGGCAACGUUCACCCUUCACAUUGGCCACGUUAAAAAUCAAAUGGUAACGAGUAACACUCCCGUCGCGACUACAGUCAAAUAUUCUUACAGAAAUUACACAAACUACUAUGUAACCACAUUCUCACCGACACCGCGAAUGUCCACUUAUUUAGUUGGCUGGGCAGUCCACGAUUUCGUUCCGGAAACAACAGCGUCCUCGACGCUGAAUUUUAAGAUGUGGACGCGACAAUCGAUGCACAGACGCGGGUCCAUCGCGUUGAAUCAAGGUGUUUCGAUAUACUCUUUCCUAAGGGACUGGUUGGCCAUCGAGAAUCCAGUCCCGAAAAUGGACCAGAUCGCUGUACCCGAUUUCAAUUUUAACGCGAUGGAAAAUUGGGGCAUGAUCACGUACAGAGAGUCUGUGGUUUUGCACGAGAAUGCUGUCACACCGACACGGUACAUGUACAAUGGAUUAACCACGAUGGCCCAUGAGUAUGCUCACACUUGGUUCGGGAACCUCGUCACUCCGUCAUUUUGGAACGUAGCCUGGCUCAAGGAAGGCUUCGCCUCGUAUUUUCAAUACUACGCUCUGUCCAUUGUGCAGCCCACUUGGACGAUGAUGGACAAAUUUGUCGUCGACAUGCUGCAACCAACGCUGGCUAUGGACUCCGCGAAUCACACCAGAGUUAUGAACGGUCGUAAUGUGGAAAGCCCUAAAAGUAUCAUGGCCGUAUUAGAUUUUGUUUCGUACAAAAAAGGAGCAUCAGUGAUUCGAAUGCUCGCACAUGUAACUGGGGAGUCAGCGUUUCAGACUGGUCUACGAAGUUAUUUGAAGGAUCUAUCAUACGAAGCAGCUACUCCGUUCGACUUGUACGAACACCUACAGUCUUCUAUGAAUAUAUCUAGUCAACUGCAAACCAACAUUUCAAUAAAAACCAUGAUGGAGACAUGGACAAACCAACCAGCUUUCCCUUUAGUAACAGUGACGCGAGAUUACAAACGGCAGACUAUUUCCGUAUCUCAAAAACGAUUUUGCGAGAAUCUCGAUCAGUGCGAUCGCGAAACGGAUAAAUGGUGGGUGCCAUUAAAUUUCGCUAGCAGAUCGUCGCUUGCUGAUUUUUCUCAUACGACCGCAAAGAGUUGGCUCAAACCGGAAGACAAAAGUUUGACUAUCGGACCGUUCGCCUCAGAGGACUGGGUUAUCUUCAACGUUCAACAAACUGGAUAUUAUCGAGUGAACUAUGACGAGAAGAAUUGGCAACUGCUCAUUGAUUAUUUGAACUCGAAAGAUUUUAGAGGAAUACACAAAGUAAACAGAGCAUCUCUGGUAGAUGACGUUUUCAAUUUGGCCAAAGGUGGAUACAUCGAUUAUUCGAUUGCAUUCGAUCUUUCGAACUACUUGGUCCAGGAAUUUGACUACGAACCUUGGCUCGCUGCUGUCAACAACUUUAAGUUCUUGAAUAAAAUGUUAAGUAACGUACCGGACGCGCAGCGAGCUUUUCAGAAUCACGUAGAAGGUUUACUGGGCCCAAUUUACAAACGAUUAAGUUUCGAUGAAUCCACAAAUGACGAUGUGGUAGUGAAGUUACACCGUGAGCUUAUUUUAUCGACUGCUUGUCUCGUGCGCAACCCUCACUGCUUGAGGAUGUCUCAAAGUCUGUAUGAAAAGUGGACAUUCAACGAACGAAUAUUGCAAGAUGCCAAAAGUUUCGUCUACUGCGAGGGAAUACGUAGCGGCACCGACAGAGAUUGGUACAGGAUGUUAGGAAAAUGGAUGCUGACCGAUCUUCAUACCGAACAGGAGCUGCUACUGCAAGCUCUUGGCUGUACCAGAAAUACACAUUUAAUCGACAAAUAUCUUGCGAUGACGUUAUCAGAAGAACCGAGGGUCCGUAGUCAAUACAGAAUCACCAUAAUCAACGCUGUUUUGGAAGGAGACGUGCAAAAUGUCAACCGUGUAUUGGAAUACCUGCGACUUAAUUUACAAAAAAUUAUUAGCCUGAGGAGUCACAGUUUUCUAGGAAAAGUGAUUACAGCGGUCGGGAACGCGAUUACUUCGAAGGAACAAGCAGAACAGUUACGGUUGCUUGUCGAUGAAAAUCUUAAGGAACUCAAUGAAAUCUUGGCCACUGCGAAACAAGCGAUUGCCGUCUCUUCAGCAAACGUGAAAUGGGUUCAAAAGUAUUCAUCUGUAAUUGCUGAUCGGCUGAAUCAGUAUAUGUAUACUGUAUUUGAAAAGAAAGAAAUUACAGGAUUAUCGUUGAUGGAUCUUCCGUUGCAUGAGAUUCUGCUAACAAAACGAUUCAAGAUGUCAGCCUUAGCGUUGCUGUCGUUGCUGCUGCUCUCGGCCGUCAGCGGAGCCGAAACCGGGACAAAAUACAGACUUCCUACAUACGCCAAACCCACUGAAUACAUUCUCCACAUUGAACCAAAUCUAAAUCCCGACAAAUUCUCCUUCGUGGGAACAGUCACGAUCAAAGUGGAGAUCGUAAACAAAACAUCGACCUUAGUAUUGAAUCAACUGAAUUUAACGAUAAACACCGAAGAUGUCACGCUGAAGGACAAACAAACUGCUAUUCCGGUGAAAAAAGUGGACCUUGAUCAGGAUCAUGAAAUACUGACGGUCGAAUUAGCAAAGGACCUCGAAGUAUCGAAAGUAUACGAUCUUACCAUAAAGUUCUCGGGCCUGUUGAACAACAAGAAUCGCGGAUUCUACAGGAGUAGAUAUUUCGAUGAGAAGAACAACCUCAAAUAUAUAGCGACGACUCACUUCGAGCCGACCGGCGCGCGACUCGCGUUCCCUUGCUGGGACGAGCCCGCGUACAAAGCAUCCUACACAAUUUCGAUCACACAUUUGUCCAACUACACCGCUGUAAUCUCCAACAUGCCUCAGGACUCCGCGAAACCAAAUGACAAAACCCAAACGACAACUACUACUUUCAAACCAACCCCACCUAUAUCGUCUUACCUGGUGGCAUUUGUUGUGUCGGAUUAUAAAUUUACGGAAAACGGCAUCUAUAGAGUGUUCACGAAACCUAAUGCGGUGGAUCAUACGAAAUACGCAUUAGACUUCGGUAUAAAAGUGAUCGCACAAUUGGACGCAUACACUGGUGUGAACUAUACGCAACAUAUGGCUAAGAUGGACCAAAUUUCCAUUAAGGACUUCAAUGCGGGUGCUAUGGAGAACUGGGGUCUAGUAACGUACAGGGAGACCGCUCUUUUGUACGAAGAGGGUGUUACCACAACACGUUCUAAGCAGAGCAUAGCAACAAUCAUAGCGCACGAAUUCGCACACCAGUGGUUCGGAAAUCUGGUCAGUCCAAAGUGGUGGGAGUUCAUUUGGCUGAAUGAAGGAUUCGCUAAUUACUUCCAGUAUUUUAUCACGAAUCUGAUCGAGCCGUCGUGGCGUUUGACGGAUUUGUAUGCAAUUGAGGUAACGCAAGGGAACGCGUUUAUCGCGGACGCCAGUACAAAAUCGCGUCCCAUGAACAAAGCGGUGGAGAAGCCGUCAGAAAUUUCUGCAUUGUUCGACAGUAUCGCCUAUCAGAAAGCUGGAUCCGUUAUUCGAAUGAUGUCCCAUAUCCUGACGCCAGAAGUGUUUCAGAAAGGUUUACAAUCUUACUUGAAAGCUUUUGAGUUAAAAGUCGCCGAAUCCGCAAAUCUUAUUCAGCAUCUUGAAUCUGCGGCAAAUAAAACUUGGGAUGGCGAGAAAUUCAGUACGAUCAUGAACGAAUGGAUUACUAAGCCGGGAUAUCCGUUGGUUACCGUGUCGAAGGUCGAUGGAAAAUUCAAGUUAAGUCAAGAACGAUUUUUAUUAUACGAAUCCGACAAACAGACCAAGUGGUCGGUGCCAAUUACAUACGCCACGGAAGCGAAGCCUGACUUCGCGAACACUGAACCCACUAUUUGGUUGAAAAAUAAUACUUUGGAAAUAUCGAACGUUGAAGGUUGGAUUCUUGUGAACAAACAACAAACAGGUUACUACCGUGUAAACUACGCGGAAGAGAACUGGAACAAACUGGCGGAAGCCCUUAACAAAAACUUGUCAAACAUACAUCCUGUGAACCGUGCUCAACUGAUCGACGACGUUUUGAUCAUGGCACGCACAAACCGCACAAAGUAUGACACUGCGUUGUCGUUGACACUUUACCUGAAAAAUGAGACGGAUUACAUUCCGUGGACGACAACUUUCAGAAACCUGAAUUUCUUACAAAAUAUGAUGUACAGUUCACCGCAGUACGGCAUUUUCAAGACUUACAUUAAGUUCAUAACGACGACUCUGAGGAACACGACUAGUUACGAAAUUAAGCCCGACGACGCCCACGUUGUACAACUCCUAAAACCGAGCCUGAUGACGUGGGCUUGCAAAGCUGAAAUACAUGAAUGCAAUGAGUAUGCUAAGAGUGCAUUCGAUGCUUGGUACAAGAAUAAUACAAAACUCAAUCCCGAUCAGAAAACCAAUAUUCUUUGCAACGGAUUGAAAUCCGCCAAUGCAGAGACAUGGAAUGGAACUCUAACUAAAUUGGCGGAAUCAACAAAAGACAAGGUUGAGAGAAACACUCUGCUCACGGUUAUGGGUUGUUCCGAUUCUGAAGAAAUCCUCAAAAAUUUCCUUCUUCUAUCCUUCAAAGAGAACUCGCCGAUCAGCUUUGAAUAUGCAGUUCAAGCAAUCGUAGCUAAUCACGCGAGCGGCGUUAAACUGGUCCUUGAUAUACUCGAGGCAAACUACGACGUGAUCCAGACGCUGGAGGAUUACAAAUCGAAGCUCAACACAUGUAUACAAACUCUUGGAGGCGCAAUUGUAACUUCAGAAGAUUAUGUCAGGUUGAGCGUGUUCCACGUUAGGGUUGGCGUUCAGGCUGACGUCGCACAGAGUACAGCCGAAAAUUCAAUGAGAAAUAUUGAAUGGGUGGAAAAAUACAGGAAAAGUAUCGACGAUUGGCUGAUAGAAAACGAGCCAAUGCUCAGUUCAAGUGGAAUACCGAUAUUUUCGUCUUUGCUUCUUAUCCUUUCAAUAUUCGUUACACGAUUCUAUUAAGAAAAUUAUUGACAGGUUAUUUCACGCGCAUUACCGAAGUGCCAUUUGGAAAUGUGUGUAGACUGUGGACAUUUAUGCACGUUUGCUAGUUUUGCAAACGCGAACUAAACUAUUUUUAUACCCCAUGAAUUAUGCGAAUUCCCAGUCUGGCGACGAAGAGUGUCUUUUUUCAAUGGACACGCUCUGCUCAAUUUGUAAAAUAUGUGACAUAGACAAGGCACGUGACGUUACAGUACUUAAAAGAAAGAAUAAAUGAGAAAUAGUAAUAAUAUAUGAAUAAUAAUACAAUAUUUCUAUGAAUAUUGUAUCUAUUUUUAUUAACUAUUUAACUGUAUUUUUAUUAACUAAUAUAUUUAGUAGUAUGAUUGUACAUAAUUUACGUAUAAUUACAAAUGGCUCAACUGUAUACUUAUGUACUUUAAAAAAUGUUUAAAAAGGAACAUACAAAAUAAAUUGUACAUUACG